CGGUGCGUUUAGAGCUCGCUUCGUCGUCCUCGGAAGCAGAACAAGGGAUUGUAAUUCUGGGCGACCGUUGACCAACGGCUAUGCGAAUCGUUCGCGCCAAUUUACGAACUUCCAAAAUUUUGCCACUGUCAUUCGAAUUCUCGCUCUCUGUUCUACGCACUAGCAGUUCUUUGAUUUCCUCGAAUUUGUAUGUUUGUUUGUCUAAAAAUUUCUCUGUGUUGACCACUCCCUCUUACAAUUCUUUGCUUUCUCUCCAUCUAAGAAACGGAAGAAUCGAUGAAGCCCGAUCGUUAUUCAAUAAGAUAUCGUCGCCCGGUGUUAGCCUAUACACAAUGAUGAUUGCGGGUUAUGCCGAAAAGGGUAGGCUUGACGACGCCCUGAUACUGUUCGAUGAAAUGCCUGUAAAGGAUCUGAUUUCUUGGAAUUCUAUGCUCAAAGGGUGUCUCAACUGCGGGGACUUGAGUAUGGCCUGGAACAUGUUCGACAAAAUGCCUGAAAGGAACGUUGUGUCUUGGACGACUAUUAUCGAUGGGCUGCUGGAGUUUGGGAGAGUUGAGAUUGCUGAGCGUUUGUUCUGGGAGAUGCCCACAAGGGACGUAGCUGCUUGGAAUUCUAUGAUUCAUGGAUAUUUUAGUAAUGGUAGAGUUGAAGAUGCGUUUGAGUUGUUUGAGAAAAUGCCUUUGCGGAAUGUGAUUUCAUGGACUUCAAUGAUUGGUGGGCUUGGCCAGAAUGGAAAGAGUUUUGAAGCUCUACUUAUUUUCCAGAAAAUGUUGACUUCCUUUGUCAAACCCACUCCAAGCACAUUGGCCUGUGUAUUGACAGUUUGUGCAAAUAUGUGUGCUUUGUUCUUGGGUGUUCAGAUUCAUGGUCUAAUUGUUAAGACUGGUUAUUGCUUUGAUGAAUAUAUAUCUGCUUCCCUUAUAACAUUUUAUGCCAACUGCAAGCUAAUAGAGAAUGCUUCUGACAUUUUCAAUGAUAAUUUACGCAGAAAUGUCGUGGUUUGGACGGCUCUUUUGACGGGAUAUGGAUUAAACUGUAAGCACGAAAAUGCGUUGCAGGUUUUCAAGGGCAUGAUGAGAAUAUGUGUAAUUCCUAAUCAGUCUUCUCUUACUAGUGCACUCAACUCAUGUUGUGGAUUAGAGGCUGUUGAUAGAGGCAGGGAAGUUCAUACUGUGGCCCACAAGCUAGGCUUGGAAAAUGAUAUCUUUGUCAGUAAUUCUCUUGUUGUCAUGUAUACUAAAUGUGGAUACAUUUAUGAUGGGGUUGCUGUUUUCACAAGAAUGUCUAUAAAGAAUGUUGUGUCCUGGAAUUCUAUUAUUGUUGGAUGUGCACAACAUGGUUUUGGGAUGUGGGCUUUGACUCUCUUCGCUCAAAUGAUUCGUGCAAGGGUCGAUGCAGAUGAAAUUACACUCGUGGGACUACUUUCUGCUUGCAGCCAUUCUGGGAUGCUAACAAAAGGUAGGUGCUUUUUCAAGCAUUUUGGUGAAAAUUUAUGUAUUGAGAUGACAGAUGAGCACUAUGCUUCUAUGGUCGAUCUCUUAGGCCGAUGUGGCCGAUUGGAAGAAGCAGAAGCAUUGAUUCUUAACAUGCCUAUUAAAGCAAACUACAUGGUGUGGCUUGCAUUGCUUAGCAGUUCCACCAAGCAUUAUAAUGUGGAUGUAGCUGAAAGGGCAGCAAAAUGUCUGUUGGAUCAACAACCGAACUGUAGUGCUGCUUAUAUAUUACUCUCAAAUUUAUAUGCUUCUACAGGCAAAUGGAAUGAAGUUUCCAGAGUAAGGAAAAAGAUGAAAGAUGAUGGAAUUUUAAAACAACCUGGAAGUAGCUGGAUUACAAUUAAGGGAGUCAGGCACGAUUUCCUUUCAGGGGAUCGGUCGCAUCCAUUAAGCAGAAAGAUAUACCAAAAACUGGAAUGGCUAGGUGGGAAGUUGAAGGAACUGGGUUAUGUGCCUGAUCCUAAAUUCUCCCUACACGAUGUUGAGACAGAACAAAAGGAAGAGAUGUUGUCUUAUCAUAGUGAGAGGCUCGCUAUUGGGUUUGGAUUAAUCAGUACAGUUGAGGGUAGCACAAUAACAGUUAUGAAAAACCUCCGUGUCUGCGGCGAUUGCCAUAAUGCCAUCAAGCUUAUAGCAAAAGUUGUUGGCCGUGAAAUCGUUGUAAGAGACUCUAGCCGCUUUCAUCACUUUCAUAGCGGAACUUGUUCUUGUGGAGACUACUGGUAGAAGUAUGGUGGUUCGAACUUUAUUUUGAUAAUGAAUUCCAUAAUGAAAAAACAUCAUGCUUACAUGAAAGGGGAAGAAACAACAUUAUCAACUAUAAACCACUUUGAGAGUCCAUCUGUAUGAAGCAGAAGUGCAGAACAGAAAACCGAAAUACAAAUAUUAAGUACCUUCUAGCACUUUAGCCUAGAGUUUGAAAGAUGGACAUAAAGGAAGAACACCAAGAGCACAUCUGGGCUGUUGUUCUUAAUAAGGGAAAGCUUCUAAUUGAGACUGUCUCAAAGAGUAAAGAGAGUGGGUCGUGAAAUGAAACGCAUGAAGAACAACGAGAAUUAGAAGGAGUAUUCCCUCAGAAAAACCCAAAUUCCUCAAAUAUUCUCUCAGACUGCUACAUUCACUUUUUGGAUAGCCCUCUUGAUAUUGGCAUUGCUUCUGAGUUCUGACAAAAACUCGCAGUCCAAGGAAGAAGUAGGUGGAAUGAUAUUGGGAAUCAGAGAACUGAAAAUCAAGAAAAGGUAUACUUUUUUCCCGGGGAAGUGAAAUGACCGCAAUGCAGAAGGGAGUUGAGGGAUUGGAAAUGGAAGAUAGGGAUGAAACAGAGGGAUCUGAGAAAUGGAAGCAGAGAUGUAUUUCUAAUGACUUUGGCUGCUGCGUUGUGCCUCAGCUUCCAGAUGGCUACGAAAGAUAGAAGAAACUAAGUGCCGACUGCUUUUGUGUGCAAUUUGGUCUUCUUCAAGGCUCGUUUCAGCUUUUUGACGAGUGAAAGUGCAUAUAUAAUCGCAGUUCUUCUCACAGAGAUCACAAUUGACGAUUCUACUUUCCAUCUGUAACAAACAAUGAAUUAGAAAUGGUUUGGAAUUGAUUCUCUCCCAAUAUUGGUUAUGCUUUUAGGGGUGGAAAAAACCUUUUCACUCAAAUCUCGACUGGCAAAUGCAUUAUUUGUAUGUGUUUGAGAAAAUGGUCCCCAACUCACUGUAGUAAUCUUGAUGUAGUGGAGACUGCAACAAUAUAAG